UUGGCUCAUCCGGUGUGGGGCGGGGCCCGGACGCCCGGCUAAAUAGCUGGGGCCGGGGCUGGCCGAGGCUCAUUGCUUUGGCGCCGUCUGGGGAGCACGAGCCCGCGGGUGGCGCGCAGCGCAUGGUGGCGGCUCCUCUCGGAGCGCAGCCGACCCGCUGACCCGGGCUCCGUGUCCCCUGCCCAGCGCGUCCCGGAGGCCGGCUGGAGGCCGAAACAGCAGCAGCAUUAGCAGCAGCAGCGGCCGCGGCUGCUUCGCCGCCGCCGUCUCCGCGGGAGCAUGGAGUGCGCCCUGGACGCCCAGAGCCUGAUCAGCAUCUCCCUGCGCAAGAUCCACAGCUCCCGGACCCAGCGCGGCGGCAUCAAGCUGCACAAGAACCUCCUGGUGUCCUACGUGCUCCGCAACGCGCGCCAGCUCUACCUGAGCGAGCGCUACGCCGAGCUCUACCGGCGCCAGCAGCAGCAGCAGCAGCAGCAGCAGCAGCCGCAGCAGCAGCAGCAGCCGCCCCACCACCAGCACCAGCACCUCGCAUACGCGGCGCCGGGCAUGCCGGCCAGCGCGGCCGACUUCGGCCCGCUCCAACUUGGCGGCGGCGGGGACGCGGAGGCGCGCGAACCGGUCGCCCGGCACCAGCUGCACCAGCUCCACCAGCUCCACCAGCUGCACCUCCAACAGCAGCUGCACCAGCACCAGCACCCGGCGCCCAGGGGCUGCGCGGCGGCGGCGGCGGCGGCGGCCGGGGCGCCCGCGGGCGGCGCGGGGGCGCUCUCGGAGCUGCCCGGGUGCGCCGCGCUUCAGCCGCCUCACGGCGCGCCCCACCGCGGGCAGCCCUUGGAGCCGCUGCAGCCGGGUCCUGCGCCGCUGCCGCCGCCCGCGCCCGCCGCGCUCUGCCCGCGGGACCCUCGCGCCUCGACCGCCUGCUCCGCGCCCUCCGCGCCCCCAGGGGCCGCCCCUCAGGCGGCUACCGCCGCCUCCCUGCCCGCCUCCCCGGCCCCCGCCUCCUCCUCCGGCUUCUACCGGGGCGCGUACCCGGCCCCCUCGGACUUCGGCGUGCACUGCAGCAGCCAGACCACCGUGCUGGACCUGGACACUCACGUGGUGACCACGGUGGAGAACGGCUACUUGCACCAGGACUGCUGCGCCUCCGCCCACUGCCCCUGCUGUGGCCAGGGCGCCCCGGGACCCGGCCUGGCGUCGGCCGCCGGCUGCAAGCGCAAGUAUUACCCUGGCCAAGAGGAGGAGGACGACGACGACGAGGACGCGGGCGACCUGGGGGCCGAGCCCCCCGGGGGCGUCCCGUUCGCCCCCUGCAAGCGCGCCCGCUUCGAGGACUUCUGCCCGGACGCGUCCCCGGACGCGUCCAACAUCUCAAACUUGAUCUCCAUCUUUGGCUCGGGCUUCUCCGGGCUGGUGAGCCGACAGCCGGACUCCUCCGAGCAGCCGCCGCCGCUCAACGGGCAGCUGUGCGCCAAGCAGGCGCUCGCCAGCCUCGGCGCCUGGACUCGAGCCAUUGUCGCCUUCUAGGGACCCCCGAGGGCACGGGGCCCCGGGGCCCCGCGGGGCUGGGGCCAGACAAAGACUCGGCCAAGGGGCGAGAAGAGGGAACGAACGGGCGCCCGGCCACUCGGGGCUGCGCUGGGGGCGAGCAGAGGGAGAUGGCUGAUGUUUUAUAAAUUGUAAAAUAAAAAAAAAGAAAUCUAA